AUGCUGGCAGCUCAAUGCGCCUCACCAGAGGGCUCGCCUACUGAUAUAACAAGCGGCGUACAUUCAGCCGCUCGGCAACAGCAAGGCAGCCGACAGGACUCGUCUGAUGACGAGUAUGCGCGCAAUGAUGACGACUCGAGCGCGAGACCGUAUCAGUCGAGUACUCUGUUCGAGUACACGAGCGACGAAAAGCUAGCGAGUACCAAGGACCUCAGCCUGCCCCUACCUGGUCAGCUAGAGCAGAACGUCAAGCAGAUCUCACUUGACGCGCCCAUGCCUCCACUACCGGGCGGUCUGAGCCCUAUCAUUUCUGGCUCCCACGAGCUAGCGGCAAUGUCGCGAGCGCCAAGCCAGAGCAACCAGACGAAUGCGCAUACGAAUGGACACGCCGAGCCUGCCUCCUCUUCGCACAAAUCAAGCAAAACCGUCUCUCGAGCUGAUCUCGUCGCCCUGGCAUCACCUAACGCUACCGAGUCGCGCGCUAGCUCGCCCAACAGUCGCAGGCCGCCAAGCGCCAGCCAAUCCAGACGAUCAUCUGGACAAUCUGCCUCCAACUCGCCCGCACAGACGAAACCAGGGCAAGAACCAGAAUCGGCGCCAAUGAGCAGAAAAUCGACAGCUGAUUCGUCAUAUCAGGGUCGUUCGUCCGACUUGCAGCAGCAGAAAGCGGUACGCUCAGAUUCGCCGACGAGCGCUGCUCGUGGGGCUAUGCGAAACGUGAGUGCACCUCUUGCUGCUGCCAAUGGCAGUGCAGGUCGACAUUCUUCUGCUGCGCUGUACAGCAACGCCAUUCACAAGCAGACGAGCAGCGCUAGCAGUCUCCGAGAGCGAGCAGUGACGGCAGACACUGCGAGGCACUCGACAGGGUCUUAUAUUGCCUCUAUGGACCAAAGAAACUCGAGACCCUACUCCAGCUAUUCAGGCGUUCCCAUCCUUGACAACAAUACGGGACCCUACCCAGCUUCCAUCUCUUCGAGAAGCGCAAUCAAGUCUGUUCUUUACGACGGCGCAUUCGGUCUCUAUCGACCCCAAGAGCAGAUCACUCAUCCCUACCUGCCAGAGAUGCGACCUUCGGCAAGAGAUGCCAAGCCAUCGGCCAGUGCGCCAAUGCCGCCAUCUCUACCACUUUUGCCGAAACCUUUUCCGCUCGAUAUGGACAGUCCGACAGCGGCAGGCAAGCCCGCAAACGGACCUGAAGUUUGCAUAGAGUGUAUGAUGCGUGACCGUGAUCUAGCUGACACCGAUGUCACCUCGCCUGGCAUAUGGGCAAGAGCUAGCGAUGCAGCCUAUGAAGAAGCGCUCCGACGAGAAGAGGCAGACGAGCAAUCGAGUAUAGCUGGAAGCAGUCAUCACUCUGACGCCCCGAAUAGUCACGAUUUUCCAUCGACUUCGCCGAAUGGCCGUGAGAAGCCGACUUCUGCUCCGACUUCCCGAGAGGCUCUUGGCAGCCCCAGCCAUGCCGAAGAACGCGCCCGUUCGAAGAGCAUGCGUAUUGGCAGAGGCCAUAUGCUCACACAACCUGCUCUCAAGCUUUGGACGAGCAUGAAUAUCCCCGCAUCUAAUCACCGGUGGAAGACGUUGCAGACCUAUCUAGCAGAUCAGGCUCAGUAUCUACCGCCGGAAGCUGCUGCGCCCGCCGAGUCCCUGCGACAGCCGAGUCUGUCCUCUGAGCGGGAUGCCUGGCGAAAUCGGACGAGUGUUAUUCCUAGCCGCGUGGAUUCGGCCGUGCUGUCACGUACCAUUUCCGCGACUUCCGAGCCGAGACCAGAGACUCGCGCUCGCUCGCGUCCCCACGUCAAAGACGCCUGGCGUUUCUCUCGAGCAGGUUCUCGUGAUACAGCGCCGCUCAACCCGAAGGCAGUGUUAUCAGAUCUCACAGACGAUGCUUCUGCUCGUCGGUUCUCGUCGCCUCUGGGUAGUGGCAGCGCGAGUAGGAUAGGCUUGCACUAUGCUGCAAAGAGCUCUUCUGAUUUGCUCAGCCCGGCACGCCCGGCCAACGGUCGUGCAGAAGCGAGACCCCUCUCGCUAUGGUCACGGACAGCACGCAGUGCCACCAACUCCAUGUUAUCACUCGUGCCGAGCGGAUCAAUGGUAGACAUGCACCUCGGCCUAUCGUAUGAUCGCCAUCGCAGUAUGCAGCCGAUGCCGCAUCUGGCACACACCACCUCUCGCGCCCAACUCGACUCUAUGGGUGAGCUUAUGGAUCACCCUACGCAGCAAUCAUUGCCAAAGUCAGCUUCGAAAGGCUUCAAGGGGCUCUUUCAGCGCAUUCGUAGCAGUGACGGCAAGAAGCAAAGGGUCAGAUCAGUGGCGAGCCCGCCGAUCUUGCUGCAUGACGAGAGCGGUGGCAGGCAGACUUACUUCGAUCUAGCCGAACCCUUGACACCGCCGCCGCCACUGUCAUUCCUGACGGGUCAGUCGAGUAGACGGAGAGCUUCUGUGGCAUCCGCUGCAUCUUCGCAGGCGCCACAGUCUCCUAGCGAAGCGUUGAGCUCUCGUCCGACCUCGCUAUUCAUGUCUGGUGUCCUCUCCGAAAGUCAGCUCAGUCGACCCAUGCCCGCCCACAGCUCGCGGAACUCUGGCGGGCAGCAGUCUUCCGCGGACACGACGCUCGACUUUCCGCUUACGCCGCAGUCUCUGGCCAUGUCAGAGACGGGCAUGCCGAGCACGGAUGCCCUCAUGUCUGAUCCUUCGUACGACAGUCUUACUUCGAUACGGAAAGCACAGAUGAAAAGCCUGCCCGAUAUUCCAGAUGAUUAUGUCGAGAUUGGCGAUCGCGAACAGUGGAGUCCGACCGAUGGCUCGCUGAGCACGACCAAGCGUAAGAAGCCAAAGUCACGCAUUUUGUCAACAUUAGGCUUUCGACGCACGUCAAAGCACGAGUGA